AUGGCUACUUCUUCCCAAUAUCCUAUCAAAAAAGUCACAGUGACUCCUCCAUCUUUGGAGGAGUUGGCUUCCAGCAUCGCAUCGGGUCUGCCAUCCAAUUUCGUUGAUGCCUCCUGCACGGUUGAAACCCCUCCGGAUCUCACCCAGCAGCCGUACAACCUGGCAGGCCCAGGCUUGACGGGCAAUGCGCGUGUUGUAGACAUUGGAGGGCCUCCGUACCUCCUUCCGUCUCCAGAUGCUUCCAAGAAGUUCGAUCUUUUGACCAUCUCUCGCCAGACGGAUAUGACUCCAUCCACAGGUCUCAUCAUCGGUGCCGGCGCUGGACCUAUGGACAUUGUGGGCGCUGCCGAGUGGAUACCCAACUUUGCAUAUGGGACUGCUGCUGGUACGCAUGAAUCUGGCUUGAUGGCGAUCCGAAACCGCAAUCGAUAUGCCAAAGUCAAUGGCUCAGACCGUCUUUAUUGUUGCCCACUCCAGCACAGUGGCUUCAGCUUGAUGUCAAAUUUGUUUUGCUCAGAUGGAGUUCGCGGCCCCUGCCUCCAUAUCAAGGCAAGGUCCCGAACCGGCAGCCUCAACUUUCCAGCGGCGAUUCAGGCAGCUCUUGGAAAAACAUUUGGGGACAAGUUUAUUUCGCUGGGAGGUGUCUUUUUGGUACGCAAGGGCACAGUCUACCUGCAUAUCGCCCCCGACUACCCAGCAGAGCCAUUCGGAACCUUUGCAUCUGUCGAUAAGUGGCUCAGAUACUUUGAUGUCCCUAGUGGUGAGAAUGAGGGGACACCCUUGGCAUGCUUGAGUGUCCUGCACAGCGGUGACGACGGUGACCUUGACGUCCGACCUGAGCACACCCAUUGCUUCACCGCUGAUAGAGUUGAGGAGGGAGAAACAAGGAAAGGUGGCCACUACCACUACGAUAUAGAGGAGACAAAGGAUGUGGUGGAGUAUGAGGGUUGGUUCAAUGUUGCUGAGACAGUGUAUAGAAUUGAUAAGCCAGCCGUAUAA